ACAUAAAACCCAAAACAGAGCAAGCAUGUUUAUAUCUCUACAUAUUUCAGAGCUUUUUGCUUCAGCUUUCCGUUAUUAAAGACCUUCCAGGUGUUGUCAUCAGAGCCGCUUCUCAGGAACUGAUGACUCUGACAUGGUUCAGACAAUUGAUGCCGCAUUUUGUGAGUAGGUGGAGCUCAAAGAACUGACAGCUUGUCAACAACUCGCUGAAAGACAAGACCUCGACAUAAAAGGACAAAACUACUUUUAUUCUGAGUACUUUAUACAAAGGAGAGUGUCUAGUGUUCUGCUCCUUGCUGCACUUCCUGAAGCUGCAUGGCUGCGUCGCUGGUGUUCAGACUGCAUGACCGAGGUCCACAACUGGUGAGGGAAGUGCUCUUGGAACGAGGAUGGAAAGAAUAUGACAAACGGAAACGCGAGGACAGAGACUGGAACCUCUACUGGAGGGGGUCAGAGUUUCACAGCUCAGAAUAUCACAGCCUGCUGCCAUGGCAACGCCUCAAUCACCAUCCCAAAACUGCUGGCAUCACGCGAAAGGACUCACUGGUUCGCAACCUGAGGAGAAUGAAGGCAACAUUUGGUUCAGCUCUCUACAACUUCAGUCCGACAACCUUCAUCCUUCCCAACGAAUACACCAGUUUCCUGGCUGAAUACAAGCUGCUUCCUAACAGAGAACAAUCAGUUUGUUGGAUUUGUAAACCCGUUGACCUCUCCAGGGGUCGAGGUAUUUUCCUCUUCCGGGACAUGAAAGACUUGGUCUACAACUGCUCUGUAGUGGUGCAGCGGUAUAUCAGCAACCCCCUGCUGAUAUCAGGGUACAAGUUUGACCUGAGGAUUUACGUGUGUGUGAAAAGCUUCCAUCCACUUACUGUUUACAUCCACCAGGAGGCCCUGGUGCGCUUCGCCACAGAGAAAUACAACCUGUCCUCUCUGUCUAACGUGUUCGCUCACCUCACCAACACCAGCAUCAAUAAGUUCGGUCCCUUCUAUAAAACCCAGAAAGGACAGGUCGGUUCGGGGUGUAAGUGGACUAUGAGCAAGUUCAGGUAUUUCCUCCAGAACCAGAACAUUAAUGAGCCGUUUCUGUGGCAGAGGAUCAACAACAUCGUCACGCUGACGCUCCUCUCCAUCACUGGGUCGGUACCGAACUGUCCGAACUGCGUGGAGCUUUUCGGCUUUGACAUCCUCAUUGAUAGUAAGUUCAAACCCUGGCUUCUGGAGGUCAACCACAACCCGUCACUGGCUCUGGACUGCCGAACCGACUUAUCAGUAAAGAAGGGGCUGAUCAGUGAUCUGGUCGAUUUGAUGGAUUACACAGCUGUUGAUGGUCUAAGAGGCAAAACUUAUCAGACACAACGAAAUGUCCAAACUAGCUUCAAUGCUAACAUCUCAACACCUGUUCCUUCACUCCCCAAGCUCAAAGAUCACAACUUUCAACAGAAAAAUAAAAAAUCUUUAAAAAUGCAUCAUGAAAAGACAAAAAGACAUCUUCCACCUGUUGAGACUUUACACUGGAUACUCGGCUCAUACUCAAAGAUGAACGUGGUGAAAACAGGUUUUUCAUCAGGCCAGAUGAAAUAUACUCCUCAGGUUACAAACCGAGACGACGCUGAAACACAAGAUGAAAUGGAGAACGAGGUUUCCUCUUCGGUACUCGGUACUCAGGGCAGAAGGUCAACAUUCAGACCAUCUACAGAUUCCUGGAGGCUUCCAGACAUCUACAGAAAACGUCGGAGGUUCCAUGUUCAGGAAGCGAAGCCUCCGAUUGGUCAACAUGUUCCACCAAUCAGAGCUGGAGGCUUCAUUCGGACUUUCCCGUUUAACCCGGCAACACUGAAGGCUUCCCUGGUCAAACUGGACGUCCUGGUCGCCAUACAGGAGCUGCAGAAGCUGACGGCUCGGGUGGCUUCAGGCCGACGGGAGGAAACAACAGGAGAGGAAGAGGAGGAGGAUGAAGACUGCUUUGAUUCACUGCUGUGGGGGCCAGAAGACCCCCCGCUGCUCAGUCAGUGGCUCAACACCAAAACUAAAAAUACCUGAUCCAAGAAACAGAAAUGAUCAGAUUAAGUAAUUGGGAAUAUUAGAUGAAAUUUGUUUCAGUGAAACUCAUAUGUUGUGUUUUUGUGUCUUGUUUAUUAAAUGUCAUUAAACGACCAAAAUGUUUUGAUAAAACCAGGAAGAACAUCAUGAGGUCAGCUGGUUCUUUUGUUUCCUCAUUAAUUAUUCACUGGGUGCUUAAAGGCGCCUUAAUGGGAAAAAGAAACAAACACAAAACCUCAACAAUGAGAUUAUCAACUGGAACAUGAUGCCCAUAAUGGAUCCAUUAAGGAAGUCCAGUUAGCAUCUUCUAUUUCCUGAAUUUCAUGUCAUUUUAGUGCUUUAAAAAUGUUCUAUUUUCCAAAGCCGUGAUCCGUAUUUAUCAGGAUCGGAGAUUAAACUGAGAGCCAGAGGAAGGCAGCAACGCUCAGUUUCAACCAACUGAUGAAGUUAGAGCAGAAAACAAUUUCAGAUUAUUUACUGAAUCUGAGGGGAAAAAUAUCAGAGAAAUUAGAUAAAAUCUCAUUAGCGUCUAAUUGACCUCUUGAUGUGAGAGUGUUUUGUGUCAAAGUUUCCACUUAGUAAAUAUUUAUAUAUAUUUACAGUUUGGUUUGGAAGGAUGCAAAGGGAUUUAUGAACACUUCUCCAGAUAGUGAUGAGAUUAAAAGGAAUGAAAUGUUUCAAAAUGAAAGGAAUAAAGAAAAUUUGAUAAAAGGGAAGAAAUGAAAGAGGAAGGAAAACAAAGAA